AUCAAUAGACCUAGAAACAUGCGCAAGAUAUUUCUGUUGUAAAAAUGUAAGUGUAAUAAUUUUCCAAUAUUUAUUUUAUCUAAAAUUAUAAUAAUAACACGUGUGAGUGAAAUCGGCGUCUAAAUAUGCAUAAAAGCAAUUAAUCGGGCGUUUCGUUCGAAAUGGAGGAGUCCAGCGAUGCGCACGGUUAUUCCAAAUUGGGAAAAUCUCGUCGGCGGAAUGAUUUCCACAAUAGUAACACGUUUUCAAAUAUAUCACCCCCCAUAGAUUCGUACAAUGCGGUCUAUUUGUCGUUUGUCCUCGGUGGUGCUGGUUUUCUGCUCCCUUACAAUAGUUUCAUAAUGGCAAUGGAUUAUUUCAAAGUCAGGUAUCCCGACACUCCUGUUGUUUUCGACAUGUCUUUGGUGUACAUCGCUGUUGCUUUUUUGACCGUUCUGGGCAAUAAUUUGCUGGUCGAGACUUUCACCCUCAAUUCCAGAAUCAAUUUCGGAUAUAUCAUGUCUUUUAUCACUUUGAUAUUUGUUGUUGUUUGCGAAGUGUGGUGGGAAGCUUUCGGCACUGCCACUUCUUACGGUGUUAACUUGGCAGCUGUGGCGGUUGUGGCAGUCGGCUGCACAGUACAACAGUCAAGUUUUUACGGAUAUACAAGUAUGCUGCCAGCGAGAUACACCCAAGCUGUGAUGGUAGGUGAAAGCGCUUCUGGGGUCUUUACGUCAUCAGUGCGGGUCCUUACCAGAUUUUUGAUACCAGAAAUCCGGGGAAGUACAAUAUACUUUUUCACCGUGUCAGUUUCAGCUGUAGCUACAUGCUUCGCCAUGUACCACCUUAUCAGAAGAACUGAUUUUAUACAAUUCUACAUAGCUUUAUGCGAGAGGGCUAAGACUAGGAUCACGCUUGAGCCGAGCGAAGACGCAGGACUGAUCGAGACCAAUGACGCCCAGUAUGGGGUUUUGAAGAUCCAGAACAGCCCCCCGCCGGGGAACACCCUCAGUUUUGCCAACCCGGCUUACGAGCCGUCGGCUCCCGUCCCUGUGCCCACGUACAAAGUGGAAGAUGUGGUGAUUAGAGGUAGGCAAAGUGUGAGUACAGCUGGAGGACUCAGCGGCAUGAAAAGGGGUUUACUGGCGCGGUGGGAAAUCACGAAAGCGAUCCAUCCGUACAUGAUAUCGAUUUGCUUGGUUUAUUUCGCCACUCUGUGUCUGUACCCUGGGAUAGCUUCGGAAAUUAUCAGUUGUCGGUUGGGUUCGUGGAUGCCCAUUCUGAUGAUGGCGUUGUUCAAUGGGGCCGAUUUGUUCGGGAAAAUGUUGGCGUCUUCGUCCAGAUACUGGACUGGUGGUAGAUUGGUUCGCUGUUCGGUCGCUCGACUCAUAAUGAUUCCUUUAAUGAUCAUGUGUGUGGCUCCGAGGGCAAAUCCGAUUUUUUCGGCUGAGGUGACUGCCUUCACCUUUGCGUUGAUUUUGGGUUUCAGUAAUGGGAUCUUGGGGAGCGUUCCCAUGAUUCAGGCGCCGAGUAAAGUGGACGAUCGCUAUAGGGAACUCACUGGCAAUAUGAUGACUUUGUUGUAUAAUUUUGGACUAACUACAGGAUCUUUAAUGGCGUAUUUUUUGGAAUCGAUGUUGAACCCUAUGGACAACCAUCCGUGCAGCCUCAAUCAUCUCCACAUGAAGAUGACGGAGUCUCCCGUCAAUAUUAGCUUUACGACUGGUACCAUCCGCAGUACUUCGGUUACAAUCAUUACUCUGGCAUCUACUUUAUCAACUGGUGCUGACAACUCCACAGAUUUUAGUCGAUAAAUUAUAGGAACGAAUGUAUCUAUUCUGGCUUUGUUAGACAUUACCAUUAUUAAAAACAUUAAUAAAAAAUCAUAUCGA